AUCAAAUUAGAAUUCUUCUCUCUCAUUUUCAUUCUCAACAUUUCUGAGCUAACUCGCUCUCAUGGCUCACCGUCAACUCAUGGACUCGCUCACCUCACACAUUUCCUUCUACCAUUCCCAAAUUCCAAACCCUAACCCUAACCCUAACGCUAACCCGAGAAUCUCGAUCCUCAAAUGGUUCUCCUCUCUCUCAAUUCACCAGCGCCAAGCUCACCUCACCAUUGUGGAUUCCGAUUUCGUUCAGAUCCUUCUCCAGAUGAUCGCGAAGCUUCAAGCUCACGGUCAUGGCUGCUUUAUCCUCCUCCCUGACCUCCCCUCCGGUGACCCGCCCUUCCUCCCCACCCUCUGCUUCAAGAAGUCGCGCGGCCUCCUCGCCCGUGUCGCUGCCGCCGACUCGAAUGGCGGCGCGGAGCGGUUGCUCUUGGACUCCGCGCGGCUGUUCGAGUCACGGGAAGGGGAGGAGGUCGCUGCCUGCUCGUGCUCGGCUAGGAGCCUCGACGCCAUGACUGUCGCCGAGGGCCUCGUGGAGGACAUGAACCGGUUCGUGGAGGCCAUGGACUGGAUCUCCAAUGGGGGGUUCCUGAGAGGGGAAGAGACUGAGCUUGGGGCGGAUUGGGUUGAGCUGAAUUGGCUGAAAUCGAAAGGAUAUUAUGGCGUGGAGGCUUUUCUCGCGAAUAGGAUCGAGGUUUCGAUGAGGUUGGCUUGGUUGAACAGCAGUGGUGGGAGGAAGAGGGGUGUGAAAUUGAAGGAGAAGUUGAAUGGGGCUGGUGUCGCAACCAAUGUGUUUUGGAGGAAGAAAGGUUGCGUGGACUGGUGGGGGAAUUUGGAUGCUGUGACAAGGAAGAAGGUUUUGUCAACCAUCAUGAUGAAAGCUGCAAAACCUUUGACUUGCGAGGUUUUGAAAGUAGCAAGUAGUGCCUCUGAGGAUGAGAUUUGGCUAUACACUGUGGGAUCAAAUAAACUACUGCAAUACAAUCAUUCUCCGUCAGCUCAAAGGACCAUUCCAACAUUUCCUGAUGAUAUAGAAUUUGGAACAGUUAUUUCACCAGUCACUUUUUGUAAAAAACCUGCUGCUUUAGCCAGAGUCUUUAAUUCCUUAUUUGUGCUUCAGGAUGUUAAUAGGAUGAUAACAUCUAGUCUUAAUAGUGAUUAUGAUAUAGAAAACCUUUUCUUUAGUUCGUUGGGUUCUGUCUGUACAAUAUCUGAUUGUAUAUUAAGAAAAAUUCGAGGAUUUCUGAUGGUUAUUUCCCUUGACUGCACAAAACUUGAACUACUAGAAGAGGAACUUGACAAGUCUUCAUCAGGUAAACCAAAAGAAAAGCUUAGUGUUUCUAACCGUAAAAAGAAGGGACGAACCCGCAACCCUAAAAGGAAAAAUCCUGUUCAAAAGAUGUGUGUGGAUGGUAUUCCACAUGAAAACCCAAUGAAGGAUAUUGAUUGUAUAGUGGAUAAUAAAAACAAGACUGAUAUAGUGGGAUCCAGAAAACUUCCUGAUGUUCCUCUGGGGAGCUCAUCAUCAACUGCAAAUAUGGAUUAUACUGGAGGAUUGGACGUUGGCAAACUUCGAACCACUUCAAGAAGGAGUAGAAAAGAGAAAAAUAAAAAUAAAAAUAAAAAUACCCUUGUUGACAGUGCAGUUGGAGAUUCUCAAAAGUCGAUUAUGGAUGCUGCCUCUGCCCCUGUUAUUCCUGAAGGUGAGGUGGCAAAAUGUGAUAGAUUUUUUGAUAGUUCUAUCAUUCAGAAUGUCAAAAAUGACAAUUCAAUUGGUAAUGACAUCCUUGCUUCAAAUUCAAGCCUUUGUAGUUCUCUUAGUGGGCCUACUAAGGAGAAAAGUUCUACCAGGAAAGUUGAAGGAGAGAAUAUUGAAGAUCUUGCUGAAAGUUGCAAUAGUUUAGGCACUCAGUGUUGUUUUUUGUCAAAUGAAAGGAAAACUUUGUCUUCUGGAUUAGAUACUGUAAAUUGUGAUGUAGAUUGUAAUGCUAUAACUCCAUCAGUAUCUGCAUUGAAGCAUGAUAGUACCUUCGGCAAUGAAGAUACUUGUCCUUUGAACUCAAUAUGUGCUGCCGAAGCUGAUGUAAAGUCAACUGUUCCCAACAAACCGAUUAGAGAGGUUAAUGUAAAAGAAUGUGGGCUGUUGAAGGAGCAAGAUAGAUCUCUAUUUAAAAGUAGAAAUUCAGCUUUCUCAAAAUGCAGUCCAUAUGAGUGGCCUGGUGUACCUUCUAUCUAUUUUCCAUCUUUUAACUCACAUCUCCCUCCUGCCACAGAUAGAUUGCAUCUGGAUGUUGGGCGCAAUUGGCAUAAUCACUUCUGCCAUUCAUUUGUUCCCGCAUUACAGCAGGCAGGAAAUACACCAAUUGAAGGAGGAUGCAACCAAAUUCUGUCUCGGCCUUUUCCUAUGAGUUUCGACUGGCCCCCAGUUUUUCGUGGUGGCAUGACCGCAUCACCAAACUGUAAUUAUGACUCUGGCUUUAUGUCUAGGUGGCAGUGUACCUUUUCAAAAGGGUUGGCUGUUCACAGUGUGCAGGUUGAUGCAAGAGCUCCUGAUGAUGAAAGAAAGUAUUCUGGGGAUAUAUUGGAUUUACCUGAUCCAGCAAAUACGCAGGAGCUAGCUGAUGAAUCUGAUAAUCACUGGGUAUCAGAGGAAGAGUAUGAGGUUCAUGCUGUUUCUGGUAUAGAUUAUAAUCAACAUUUUGGUGGCGGCAUAAUGUACUGGAACCCUUCUGAUUAUCCUGGAAAAGGUUUCUCCCGGCCUCCCUCUCUUAGCUCUGAUGACAGUUUAUGGGCUUUGCGGGAAGCUGACAUGAAUAGGACAGUGGAUGACAUGGUUGCUUUCUCAUCUUCAUAUAGUACAAAUGGUUUAACUUCACCUACUGCUGCUACAUUUUGUUCUCCUUUCGAUCCUGUAGGGACUGGGCCCCAGACUGUUGGUUAUGUGAUGUCAGGUAAUGAAGUAGUACCUGGAAAGGUGUUGCAUUCUUCAUCAGUUACAGAUGCAGCAGUGGAUGAAAAUACUUCUGUUUCUUUGGGUAAUAAUUUACUUGGGGAGAUUGAAGGUAAGGCAGGCGAUUCACAUCCAUAUCCCAUUCUACGCCCAAUAAUUAUUCCUAAUUUGCCAAGGGAAAGGUCAAGAUGUGUCGAUCAUAAAAGCCCUUGUGUUCCUCCUACCAGGCGGGAGCAGCCUCGCAUAAAGCGGCCACCAUCACCUGUAGUGCUUUGUGUACCGCGAGCACCGCGUCCACCCCCACCCUCCCCUGUGAGUGACUCCAGGAAACAAAGGGGUUUUCCAACAGUUAGAUCUGGUAGUUCUAGCCCAAGGCACUGGGGAAUGAGAGGCUGGUAUCAUGAUGGAAGUAAUUUGGAGGAAGCUUGUUUGAGAAUGGAUGGUGCUGAAGUUGUGUGGCCUUCUUGGAGAAAUAACAAUCUUGCAGUGCGACCUUUGAUUCAGCCUUUACCUGCUGCCUUGCUGCAGGAUCGCCUGAUUGCAAUGUCACAGAUAGCCCGUGACCAGGAACAUCCAGAUGUCACCUUUCCUUUGCAACCUCCUGAGUUGCAAAGCUGCUCUGCACAGAGUGCGUCUUUAUCUUUGAUGCAUGCCCUUCUCCAUGAUGAGAUUGACUCUUUCUGUAAACAGGUUGCUGCAGAAAAUAUGGCAAGGAGGCCCUACAUUAAUUGGGCUGUCAAGAGAGUUACCCGAUCUCUGCAGGUUCUUUGGCCCAGAUCCAGGACAAACAUAUUUGGUUCGAAUGCAACUGGUAUGUCUCUUCCAACAAGUGACGUUGACCUUGUGGUUUGUCUCCCUCCAGUGAGGAACCUGGAACCUAUUAAAGAAGCUGGAAUACUGGAAGGUCGUAAUGGUAUUAAAGAAACAUGUCUUCAGCAUGCAGCUAGGUAUCUUGCCAAUCAGGAUUGGGUAAAAAAUGAUUCUCUGAAGACGGUGGAAAAUACAGCUGUAAUAUCUCGUCUUAAGCUGUUAAUUGUUAUUAUAAACUUAUUAGUACCUCAGGAUGUUGUUACUUCAUCAGCUCCUAUUGUACAAUCUUUAAAAGAAGAGCCACAUUGUACUCCUGGCGAACAUGGUAAUGACAGUCAUUCUGAUAUUAUCCAGUCAGAAGAUUCAGCUUUGCCGAAAAGCACCCAAAUAAAUUCUGAUGCCUUGAAAGAGUCCAAAUCAGUUCGUGUUGACAUCAGCUUUAAGUCCCCAUCACAUACAGGACUCCAAACCACAGAAAUGGUUAGGCAGUUGACAGAACAAUUUCCUGCUGCUACUCCUCUUGCUUUGGCACUAAAACAGUUUUUAGCUGAUAGGAGCCUUGAUCAGUCCUACUCUGGUGGCUUAAGUUCCUACUGUUUGGUGUUACUAAUUAUCCGUUUUCUUCAGCAUGAGCACCAUCUUGGCCGGCCAAUAAACCAAAACUAUGGAAGCCUUCUGAUGGAUUUUCUUUACUUUUUUGGGAAUGUGUUUGAUCCUCGCCAAAUGCGUAUAUCAGUGCAGGGAAGUGGACUUUAUAUAAAAAGAGAAAGAGGUUGUAGCAUUGAUCCAAUUCACAUAGAUGAUCCUCUUUUCCCUACAAAUAAUGUGGGAAGGAAUUGCUUCCGAAUACAUCAAUGUAUUAAGGCAUUUUCAGAAGCUUAUUCUGUUCUUGAAAAUGAACUUGCAUUCCUAAAUAAUGAUGGCGAGUCAUGUUCAAGGCCACCUUGCAGACUACUUCCAAAAAUCAUCCCUAGUCUCGAUAUAUCAUAAGAUUCUCACUACAUGAAGACUGAAAGGUUAUUGUCUGAAAGUCUUUUCAUUGCAGCUGCCAUUUUUGUUGUAGCGGCAUCCCUGUUAUCCCAGUUCCUCUGGCAUUUUUGGUGGUGAUUGCUUUGCUGCGCUAGUUGCGGUGUGAUAGGACUACACCAACCUUCACCAUACUGAGUGUCCAUGAUAAUGGCAUAGAUGCGAGUUACUCUAGGAAGUGCACCAUUUGAGGCUCAAACGAGCAUCUCAUGGCAUAGAUGCGAGUUACUCUAGGAAACACACCAUUUUGAGGCUCAGACGAGCAAUGUGCGCGUACCAGUAGCGCCAACACCAAGCUGCCGCCACCAUAUGGUCCACCAGACUUGAACCCUCACGAGGAAUGAUCUUUGUGCCGGCUACCAACUCAUCUGAAGAGAGAGGACGAAAUUAGGUCAUGGAGGAGCUUAGGAAAAUUGGGCCAAUUGAAUAGCAAAAUGGAUCAAGCCCAAAGCACUCUCACUCCUAAGCUUACAUAGAGACAUGGGUCUUUUCUUUGUGUUUAUUUGUGACAUUUGGGCUUGCGAUCCCAUGAUUCAACGGGCUUACUCAGAUCCAAGACUCCUGGUUUCGGCCCAUCAAACUUGGGAACGGCUGAAGACAUCAAAGUUAUGCUGGUUGGCAUUACAAUCUCCAAGUUGUAAAUCUAUCAUCCUCGACCAAUGGGUGUUGCAGAAGUGCAACGGGAUCCAAGUGGAAGUUCUUAUGUUUCUUACAUAAGUGGGUCCCUCCCUACAUUUCAAGCAGUGGGACCUCAAGGAAGAUUUUCGUGGGCUGACCUUCACCUUGAGGACAAGGUGGAAGUUUUAGGGGGAAGUAUUGAUAGGAACACACCAACCUUCACCAUGCUAAGUGUCCAUAAUAAAUGCAGGGAUUUUAUUAUAGGUGGAUUCAAUAUUAAUAAUCAUUGGUGAUUCUUUAUUUAUGAGGUCGAUUUACGGUGAUUGAUUAUGUAAUUAUGGGUGAUUGAUUCCAUAAAUAGGAGAGAAGAGGGGCUCAUUAGGCAUACUAUUGAGCAGUUAGAAAUUGGGAAUUGGGAGACAAGUGCCUUUCGAAAGCCCUAGGCAGGGAGAAUGCAUACCCUCGAAGUUCUGCAUUAUUUAGUCCUUUAUUUUGUUGAGUGACUUGAUCCAUUGUACCUGGAGUUCAUCCCUAUUUUGUUACUAAUAAAAUUUCCGGUUCCUAUUA